GUUUUGAUUGGUUGAAAAUGUAGGAUUAUGUCUAGUGAGGUUAGUUUUCUCUUCUCUCGUAUCUUCUCAACAUCAAACUCACCAUUUUCUCUACUUCCUUUGCUCCAUCAUCUUCCAUCCAUGUCGAUUUCGACCAAAAUUCCUCAUCCUCUCCAUCACCCUAAUUCACCAUACCCCAAAUCCUCAAAAUCCUCUUUUUUAUACUCAAAACCCACUAAAUUAGCCUUCUUUAGAUCCAUUACCAUCGAAAGAAUUUCAACAAAAUCUGUUUCUGCAACCCCAGCAGCAGCAGGAGAAGCUUCUUCUUCAUCUCUCCAACCCAUUGAAGAGCUUCCAACGAAGCUUCAAGAAAUGGUCAAGCUUUUUCAAGCAGUUGAGCAACCAAAGGCUAAGUACGAGCAACUGUUGUUUUAUGGCAAGAAUUUAAAACCACUCGAUGCCCAGUACAAGACUAGUGAAAAUAAGGUUCAGGGUUGUGUUUCACAGGUUUGGGUUAGGGCGUAUUUUGAUUCUGAGAAAAAUGUUGUAUUUGAGGCUGAUUCUGAUUCGGUACUUACUAAAGGUCUUGCUGCUUUGUUAGUUCAGGGACUUUCUGGAAGACCUGUAGAAGAGAUUUUAAAAGUUUCCCCUGAUUUUGCUGUACUUUUGGGGUUGCAACAAAGCUUAACUCCUUCUAGGAAUAAUGGGUUUUUGAAUAUGUUGAAGUUAAUGCAGAAAAAAGCACUUCAAUUGUAUGUUGAAGAAGCUGAGAAAGGUGCUAAUUCAGGGCAGAGUGAAGUAUCAAAUGCCUCGUCGACUGAGUCUCUUGGUGUUAAUGGUAAUGGAAAUGUGGAGUCUGUAGCCAGUCCUGAAGUUAAUGGAAACAAUGUUGCUGUUGGUGCUAGUGAUGAUGGUGUUUUGAGGAGUAGAGGGAUGAGAAUCAAGCAGAAACUGGAGAAGGAACUUAGGCCUGUGGAACUAGAAGUUGAAGAUAUAUCUUAUCAGCACGCAGGACACGCGGGGAUUAGAGGUAGUGAUGGAGAGACACACUUUAAUUUAAAAGUGGUGUCAGAGGAAUUUGAAGGUAAGAGUUUGGUUAAGAGGCAUAGGAUGAUUUAUGGUUUACUGCAAGAUGAGUUGCAGAAUGGACUACACGCUUUAUCAAUUGUGGCCAAGACGCCGUCUGAAGUUGGUAGUAGUUGAAUUGCUGGCGUCAAGAGAGGUCUGGUUCUUUUUGUCGUGUAAACUUUUCAUCCUUGUGGAAUUUAUUGAAACUUAUACCUCAUAAUAUCUUGUAGCAUAAAAUCCUGAGAAGUGGAUAGACGCGAAGUCUUUUUUGUCGCGAGAAUCUUAAUAAAAUAGUUUCAGGAUUUUAAACUAUAGUUUUCUUUCCUCCCAAGAGUCAUUUCAAUACCUCUGUGACGCACUUGGACCUGCUAAUCAACUUCAAGAAUGAUAAACUAGCUACUUGGAGUGCCAUUAUGAAAAUUUUAUCCUUAUCUUGUACAACGAUGACACAAUUUUUUUUCUAAUUUCAGCUCAACUUGAUGAAAUGCAAUUACAAUUAUCCUUUA